ACAAACUCAACUCAAACAAACUUAUUUCCAAAACAAAAACUCAGAGACAGAACUCAAAACAUAAUCUCUAACACAGUAACUACUUCAGCUUCUUCUUCUUCUUCCGAAACUCGAACUCAACUUAUAAUGGACACGUAUCACUACGUCGUAGAAAGCAGUAACUCAGAGGGUUACAAGCAACCGGAAAACUCAUUAUCCCCUCUUUCAUCAGAUGAAGCUUCUCGACGAGCUUCUCUCUCCGACGAGGAAGUGAUUCUGGCCUCGAGCAGGCCCAAGAAGCGAGCUGGUAGAAGGAUUUUUAAAGAGACCAGGCACCCUGUUUAUCGAGGAGUGAGGAGAAGGAACAACGACAAAUGGGUUUGCGAGCUUCGCGAGCCAAAUAAGAAGACCAGAAUUUGGCUAGGGACUUAUCCAACGGCUGAGAUGGCAGCCCGGGCUCAUGACGUGGCAGCCAUAGCUUUGCGUGGUAAGUCCGCUUGUCUUAACUUCGCUGAUUCGGCUUGGCGGCUUCCCAGGCCGGUCUCGCUUGAUGCCAAGGACAUACGCGCCGCUGCGACUGAGGGAGCCGAGUCGUUUAGGCCGGUUGAAUACGGCGGCGUUUCGAUGGAGAUGAAACAGAUGGAAUCGGUUGAUGAGAGUCAUGGUGGUGGUGAGGAAGAAAAAAAUGGUGAAAGAGCGUUUUAUGUGGAUGAGGAUGCCACGCUGGACAUGCCAGGCUUUUUUGCUGACUUGGCAGAAGGUCUGCUUCUUCCUCCGCCAAGCAAUUAUUUCAGCGCGGAUGACGUGGAAAGAUUCGAGGAUGAUGUGUCGUUGUGGAAUUAUUCGUUCUGAUACUCUUCGAGAGUGUAGUAUUAGCUUUUUCCCUUUUUUUUAUUUAUUUAUUAUUGCUUGAAGGACUUUUUUUUCUCUGUUUCUUCCUUGCUUCGUCUUUUAGCAUAAAACCUUUAUUCAUUUUUUCAAAUCUAAGUCUAAUGAGUAUGACAUAGAUUUGGAAUGAAUUUAAUAUGUAAAAAUAAUUUUUAUUAUUAUAUCACUUUGAUCAAUGUAUAUAGAAAUUUUAUAUUA